CCCAAUCAGAUAAUUUCAUAAAUUUAUUAGAUAAUACUCUCUCUCUCUCUCUCUCUCUCUUUCUCACACCUUCUCCUUCUCUCGUUUCUAGGUUUGUUUAACCCAACUGUUAUUUUGGGGGGAACCAGGUAAAAAAAAAAUAUCGGCUUUUACUGUAUAUCCCAGCUAUAUAUUUGCUACGCUCUUGAAGCUUCGGUUUUUUUCCUUCUUCUUCUAGGGUUUCGCUCUUUCCAAUUCCAAAGAGGUUGUAUAUGAAGGGAAGAUAUUUGUUAAAGAUGAUGAAGACAGUAUUUCACAAUUUGUUGGUGUAAAUUCCUGCGGUGGAUUUUUUUGACAUCUGUGCCAAUGGCGGCUGAUCAGCGCAGAAAACGUUUGCAUGGUGCGAGCAUUAUAGGUUCCAGUUCUAGGGAGCAACAUAAAGUAAAAAGGAAGAAUCUAGGAUUGCCACACAAUGAAUCAAAUACGAAAGCUCAUAUUUCACUUCAGUGGGAUGGCAAUCAAAAAAGGGUUGUUGCUAAAAGGGAACAAAUUGGUGUAAGUCGGAGAGAUUUGAGGCCAUUUAAUGGUUCAGUUCCUGAGCAUCACAACACCAUAGCAGAUAUUUUUGCUAUUCCUCAAGAAAUUUUUGAGUUAGAAGAUUUGACAGAAGUUCUUUCGCAUGAGGUUUGGCAGAGUCAUCUUUCAGAAAAUGAGAGAAACUCCCUUAUGCAGCUUCUCCCUAGAGGACCUGAGCCACAGCAAGUUAUGCAGGCAUUGUUUGCUGGGGAUAACUUUCACUUUGGGAACCCCUUUCUCAAAUGGGGUGCUUCACUUUGUUCAGGUGGUCUUCACCCUGAUGCAAUUCAUCAUCGGGAACAGUGUCUAAAGGCUGAGAAGAAAGCAUACUACUCAAAUUUGCAGAAGUAUCAUUCUGAUAUGGUAGGAUAUUUAGUGAAGUUGAAAGAAAGAUGGGAAAGCUGCAAGGAUCUGGAAAAGGAAACUGUGCAAAAAUUAUGGAGGUCAAGAAAUGGUGUGGAAAAAAGAAUUACCUCACAUGGAAAUGAGUCAAGAUUUCCUGAUCCUGAGGAGGAUUUGACAGCUACAUCUGAAUCUUGUUCCUGGGCUGCAGAUGACAAAGCAUGUAGUAGUGAUAACCAGAACACCUCAGGGAUGAAGGGUGCAGAACUCAUUAAGAGGUUGUCUGAGAAAGGCUUCAUGAAAGACAAAGGUAGAAAUCCAUUGACUGCUUCAGAUAAUGUGCUUAAUAUAGGAGCAAGGCCCAGAAAUGGAGACAAGAUACACAAGCGUAAUAUUCACUGUAGUGAUGGUGCCAAAUACAUGUCUUAUUUCAAGAUCAGCAAGAAGCAACAUGAACUUGUCAAGAAUAUGAAGCAGUCUGGUAAAAGCAUCCAGUCUAGGUCUCUUAAUCGUGUUUUGGGUAAUCUUGAUAGUUUUCAUGUGCAACCAUAUGAAGUUUUUGUGGAAGAAGAACAGAAGAAAUUGCAUCAGCACUGGUUGCAAUUGGCAACCAAAGUUCUCCCAGUGGCAUUUGAUAACUGGAGAGGGAGACAGCUUCAAAGAUCGCUAGUGAUUAAUUCUUUGACACAAGAACUGAAAGAUUAUAAAAAAUCUCUGAAGAAGGAUAAGAAUAAUGUGAACCUUGAGAGCAUGCUUGAGGAUGAGAAGGAAAACAAAUUGAUAAGCAAUGUAUCUAGUGUGGAAGAUGAUGAAGAGCUUGUUCCUGGUUCCCCAUGGAAUCAGGAGUCUGUUCCUUACUCGCCAGGGAAUCAGCAGUCUGUUCCUUACUCGCCAGGGAAUCAGCAGUCUGUUCCUGGAUCACCACAGAAUGAAGAGUCUGUUCCUGGAUCGCCACAGAAUGAAGAGUCUGUUCCUGGAUCGCCACAGAAUGAAGAGUCUGUUCCUGGAUCGCCACAGAAUGAAGAGUCUGUUUCUGGAUCACCACAGAAUGAAGAGUCUGUUCCUGGAUCGCCACAGAAUCAAGAGUCUGUUUCUGUCUCCCCUCAGAUUCAAGAAUCUAUUCCUGGCUCCCCUCAGAGUCAGGAGUCUAUUCCUGGCUCCCCACAGAGUCAGGAGUCUAUUCCUUGCUCCCCACAGAACGAGGAGUCUAUUCCUGGAACCCCACAGAAUCCGUCUCUGCAGCAGAUUUCUUCUCCUAAUGGUGACCAUGAGAUCGAUCCCAUUGACAUGGAUGCUGAAGACAAUCAUAUCAUGUCAAAGUCAGAUAAUGCUCCUGCUGACAAAUCUGGGUACUCAGGGGAUUUGAACACUGCAGAUGAUGUCAUUUGUCGGGGAGUGCCUCUUACUUCUGGAGAAGACAUUUGGCCAGCUGUUAAUGUGUCCCAUUCUUUCUAUGAUUCCACUGCAAGCCAUGAGUUCACAUCUGCCAGUGGGUUGCCACUUGAACAUUCUCAAGUUAAUGAACAUCAUCGGACCCAUAUGAUUGAUCUAGAAUCUGACUUGCAAGUGGAAGAGAGUGGGAAAGAUUUUCUGCAAAGACAAUCAGGUGAUUGUUCCUUCAGUUCUUACCCAAACCAAGACAGAAAUGAGUUACUUCAAUCUCUCUUUAAGAGCCAGGGGAUGUUGUACCAUCAGGAGCAGAAACAGACAGGUUUGGAAUUCCAGCCACAAGUCAAUUUGUCAAUGGAAAAUGGUCAGUUUCCUGGGCAUUUCCAGGAGCAGCCGCAGCAGUCACUGCCACUGGAACUGGAGCAGAAGAGACAGAACGAGGUUUAUAUGCAACGAAACAUCUCAGGGAACAUGUACUCUGAUGGAGGUAGAUACUUGAUCCCAAGGCAAGAACACUUGGCACCAGUCAAUGUGCAGGAUUUGCCAGUCAAUACCAUCUGCAUGCCAGCACCUCUGCCAUCUGGCUUAAAUGGUGGAGGAUUGUUAAGUCAGAACUGGUUUCCUGGUGAGCAUCAAGUUCAUGGUGGCUGGGCUGGUUCUGAUGGUGCUAGCGUCCGGAGUCAGAGCAUUGGGAGUGGAAGUGGUGCAGAUCAGAGUUUAUUCCAUGUUCUAUCUCAUUGUAACCAAUUACGUUCUAGUGGUCCUUAUGAUUCAGUGGGUUCCACAGAACAGUUCAUUCCAUCGAGGAACUAUGGAAUGGUGGGUGGGGGUAAUGUUACUCCCCGGAUCAGCAAUGUUCUACCACAAGCAUCUCAUCCACUAGACUUCUUGAGUGGGCGUGAAGCAGCUACUACUGUGAUGCCUGAUGAUAUGGGAUGGAUGAGCUUGUCACAUCAAAAUUCUGUUUUACACGAUCCAAUGGGAAAACCAUACUUGAGGUCAUGGAACCAGUAAAAACAUCUUUUCUCCCUUUUCGGCGAUUGAGUUCCAAUUUAUGAGCUUGGUUGGAAGACAAGGUAAGAAAAAAUGCUGCGUUCAAGAUUCAUGUGAUGGGAGUUUUGGUUUAGGACUUCUCCAAGCAUACAAAGAUAGGUUUUUGUACAUACUUAUACAAGAGCCAAACUCAAACAACAUGUAUAUAUCUAGAUGUUAGAUGGGCAAGUGGGAGGGAAUUUAUGGGAGGUAAAAAAAAAAAAA